AUGCGGAAUGAGAAGCACGGCAUUCGAAUUCCUGGCACCAUUUUGGACGAGCUAAAACGUCAAGAUUACGGCGAAGAUAGACGAUUCAACGUUGGGAAAAGGAAACGUGCAACGCAGCUGGGAAGAAAGGAAAGGCGGAAACAGCAGCGCCGCGAGGAGAAGAGUAGGGGCACAGCAGGUGGCAGAGCUCGCGAAGAUUUGAAAAAAGCGGGGAACAAGGUUGAUAAACCUGCUAAAAAUGUGAAAAAACCGUUACAAAAAGUGGCCCAGAAGGAAGUAGAAGAAGAAGCAGAAGAAGAGGAAGAAGUAGUCGGAAACGGCCGGGAAAUUUCAGAUUCGGGCUCAUUACCCUUUUCAUCCGACGAUGAGCUUUCUUCCAGCGAUUUUGACGAUUUUGGAGACGAUGUGGAAGAACAGAAUGGCCAAGAGAGUGAAGGGAGUGGGGAAUCCGGUACUGAUAUGACUGCUGAGGAAACAAUGCAGGCUCUCAAACGUGCUAAACAAGCCAAGAAAGCCAACAAAGGCACAUACAGCGAUGACGAUGAUGAACCAGCGACUGAUAUGACUGCUGAAGAGACAAUGCGGGCUUUAAAACGUGCUAAAGAUGCCAAGAAAGCCAAAAAAGCUACACAUAGCGAUGCCGAUGAAGAACUAUCGACUGACAUGACUGUUGAGGAAACAAUGCAAGCUCUGAAACGUGCUAAAGAGGUCAAAAAAGCUAGAUACAGCGAUAGCGAUGACGAACCCGAUACUGAAAUGACAGCUGAAGAAACAAUGCGAGCUCUCAAACGUGCUAAAGAUGCCAAAAAAACCGGUGCUGCAAAUCUUAAGACAAAAACUGAUAAACCGGUAUCGGAAAAUAAGCAAAAACGUUCCAACCAUCCUCCGAUCGCUGAAGAACCUACCGUGAAACCAUCAUUAACACCCUCACAACUCGCUCAAGCUGAAAGGGAUAAAUGGGAUUACGACUACUACGCCCAAAAGUUGGGCCUUAAGGGCAAGAAAAAGACUCUCAAGGCUAACAGCGAGUUCGAUGCCGUUGGCGGCUUGUUAGAAGGUCUUGAUUUCUUUGAAAACUACAACAGUGAUAUCAGCGACGAAUCUGAAAGUGAAGUGGAAAGUGAGGCUAGCAACGGACUUUCUGACGAGCCAGAGAAUAUUUCGAAACGCCAUUCUGCUGGUGAAGCGGAUGAAAAUGGCCCGGAAAAUCCAUUUUCCUCUGAUGAUGAAGUUUCCGAAGGUGAUUUUGAAGAAUUCGACGAAAAUGAUUUGGACGAGCAAGAGUGGAAAGAGCUUCGCGAACUCGAAGGUGAGACCUCCGACCAAGAAACCACAGUAAGAGAGAAUCCAUAUGUUGCUCCCACGUCCGAGCCGGCAGCAUAUGUACCGCCUUCUUUGCGCCAAAAAAAUCUAUCUUCAGAGCCAUCCCAACUUGUCGUUGAACUACGCAAGAAGGUAAAGUCAUCUCUCAACAAACUUUCAGUGUCAAACAUCACUGUCAUUGUCAGCGCAUUAAAUGAACUUUACAACUCGUAUCCUAGGCAACAUGUUAGCGACGCCCUUGCCAAUCAAAUCCUGGAAAUUGUAUGUCAACGUGAUAAGCUGCUAGACAGCCUCAUGAUCAACUAUGCGGCUGUAGUUUUCAGCCUGUGGAAGCUCAGAGGAACUGAGGUAGGUGCUUCGUUCUUACAAACGUGGGUGGAAAAACUACUGGAAAGUUUUCGCCAGGGUCAAGCAAAAUUGGAGCAGCUGGAAAAAGAGAAUGGCGAAGAGUCUACUUUUGUGAUGUCCAAGGAGUGCACGAACCUCGUUUCUUUCCUCUCUUAUUGUUACAAUUUUGGCAUGGUAUCCUCCAGAAUUAUCUACAAUGUGAUCGAGUUGUUGAUCAAGACACCUAACGAAUUCACGUCCGAUAUUUUGCUUAGAAUAAUAUCGAUCUCGGGCCAACUCAUUCGUGGUGAUGAUCCGAAGGCACUAAAGGAAAUAAUAUCAGAGCUGCUAACCAAUGUCAAAAAUGUCAAACAGUCUACGAGGAUGAAGUUCCUACUCGAAGUUAUGUCAGAUCUUAAAAACAACAGAUUGAAGCCUUCCUUAUUGGCAGCUAGCCAUUCAGGAGUAAAGAAAAGUAUCUCCAAGCUCAUCAAUGACACGGCUUCUUCUCCUAGCGAUCCACUACAAGUGACACUAGAUGAUAUUGAAAGUAUUGAUACCAAGGGGAAAUGGUGGCUCGUCGGUGCUUCUUGGAAGGGCAACCAAGAGUCUGCUUUCGAGCAUAAAAAGAGCUUGGCCAAGAAAGAAGAAUCCAGCAGUACCAUUGCCAUAGAGGAUAAUAUUUUCGACGACAUUCCGGACUGGAGUGAGAUAGCAAGGGCGCAAAGAAUGAACACUGAGGUUAGAAGAGCCCUGUUCGUAAGUGUAAUGUCUGCACAAGAUUUCAUGGAUGCAUUUGCCAGAAUAGACAAGCUAAAUCUGAAGAACAAGCAAAGCCUGGAGAUUCCUAGAGUAUUACUGCAUUGUCUAGCCAUGGAGGGCUCCAAAGGAUCUUACAACCCGUUCUACGCACUCCUAGGUAUUAAGCUAAGUCAACAAAGCCACCACGUCGCCAAAGCGUUCCAGUUUAUCUUUUGGGAUAUGGUAAAAAAAUUCGAGCAGGAUGACUCUGACAUUGAGAGUGCGGGCGAGGAAGUUGAAUUUAGUGAAGAUCAAAAGCUGAAGAAGAUCUCAUGCCAAGGUAGAUUUUUUGGCUCUCUUUUGGCGCAAGAGAUUUUAAAACUCGACAUUUUCAAGCAUGUUCCGCUAAUGGGUGGACUCAAUGGAGACGGGACAUUGUUCAUUGAAGUCAUGGUGUUCCAAUUCCUACUCUCUAUUGCGAAAAAAUGUGAAGUGAAGAAGAAGUCGGGAGGCGUCAGAGCUAUCAGCUUCGACCCGGCACCAUUUCAGAGGCUUGCUGAGCACAGCAAUGGAUUUGACAAUAGUAAGUCAGUCUUCGCUGCUUUGAGGAUGUUUUUACAAAAGAGGUUUAAAUAUCAGGCUUUCAUCACGGAACAAGAGGGUACAAAGGAAUUUGAAAGACAGAAAAGGAGAUUGGAAUGGGCUUUGCCUGAGUUUUUAGACCUUCUGAAAGUCGGUCUAAAAUCCCAGGAACUUUAG